AAACCCGUGUCAGAAAAUAUUACAUUUAUUUGUGUUAUGUAUGGUAUGUAUUAUACUGAUAACACGGACAGGGGAGCUCAACAUAUAAUGCUUAAAAACUAACAACAUUUAAUGUUUCUUAAAUUUUACGUGAAAUUAGUAUAUUUACUAAAGAGGAUGUUUCAUUGAACCACUCUGACAUAGUAAUAUACAACUCACGCAACUAAAUAAUAUUAUGAUGAACAAAAAUUAUGAUGCUUGUAUAAUUUAUACAUGUAUAUUUUCCUCUGCUUUCUGUAUUAAAUAGAUCGGUAGUACAAAACAACUCUUUCAAAAAGACAACAUGGAUAUUCAAGUAGUACAUUUAGGCAAAUGACCACGGUGCAGCAGUGGUAUGCCAGUUUGAUCCCCGCAUAGGGCAUACAAUACAUGUGUUCUAAGAUUUAAAAGUUAAUGACCACCCCACGACACAGGGAUUAUCGCGUGUAUAUUUAGCUAAAGUAUUCAUGCUUAGAAUGUCUAAUAAUCACAAAAAUGUGACAAUUAUCGCCUGUUAGCGUUACGUGUAAAAUUAUGCAUUCAUAUAUAAGUAGAUAUAAACUGCAAGCUGUCAGUUAAAAACUAACAUCAUAUAACACAGGAACUAUGUUUCUACAAGUGUUGAUUCUAUUUUCUAUGCAAGGCUUUAUGCAAGGCCUGAGUUCAAUUAACUAUGGAACUUUCCCGGACGCGUUUAAAUUCGAGGUGAAAUUAGACCAUUUCAAUGAUAGUGAUCAUCGUACUUUCAACAUGUCAUAUGACAAAGAUUUGGCAUCAUUUAAACCGGGUGGUCCUGUUGUUUUGCAUCUGGCACCCGGGUAUGACGUGCCUCACGUCCAUGCUCCGUCUAAGGUGUCAGGAAUACUCCAAGAAAUACAUCCAGCGUAUUUCUCCCUUGAGCAAAGGUAUUACGGAAGCAGCAAACCGUUUCAAAAUCCAACUGUUGACGACCUUAAAUAUCUGACUUCUAAACAAGUUUUAGCAGACAUGGCACAAGCUUUGAAAAUAAUCAAAGCAUCCGAUAAAUUUAAGAACUCUAAAGUAAUAGUGUACGGCAGUACCUACGGCGCUACGUUAGCAGUUUGGAUGAAGCUGCUGUAUCCAGACUUAGUUGACGCAGCGUACGCCAGCAGUGCUCCAUUGCUGGCUAAAAAAGAUUUUUCCGAGCACUUCGAAGUCAUUACGAAAAUAGUCAAGACGUACGUUUCUCAAGAUUGUGUUGAUCAAAUAAGCGCUUUUUUCAAAUUUGUUCAAGAAUCAUUACAAACUUCUGAAGGAAUUGCAGCAGUUAAGAAGAAGUUCAAUAUUUGUCCUCAAACAGAUAUGACCGUUCUUGUGAAUCAGCAAAUACUAUUUUGGAGGUUAACUGAAAGAUAUAUAUUUGAAAUAAAUAUGUCUAGCUAUGAAAGAAUAAAAGCAUUAUGCCAAAAUCCAAUAUUAACCUCGCCUUUACCACUCGGUACGAAAAAUGAUACAAUAUGUUUUGAACCUGAUUAUAAAAGAGUUUUACGAGACCUACACCAAACCGACUCGUGGCUGUGGCUUUACCAAAUGUGUACGGAAUUUGGGUUUUUCAGAACAACAACCUCAAGAAAUCAAAUGUUUGGAAAUAAUACUCUUCCUCUAGAAUUUUAUUUGAAAGCAUGUAAAGCUGUGUUUGGAGACAAAUUUGACGAGCAGCGAAUAGAUCAAGGAAUACUGAAUACUAACAAAAUGUUUGGAGGUUUGACACCAAACGUAGAAAAUACAGUGUUUGUUAAUGGCGACUUGGACCCGUGGUACCAGCUCGGAGUACUUCACGAUCUAUCACCUACAGCCCCGGCUAUUCUCAUAUCGGGCGGGAUGCACUCUCGUGAUUUGGUACAGCCUUGCUGUCCGCCAGAAAAAGAUAAGGAAAAUGUAAAAGAAGCAAAACAAAGAAUAGUGAAUUAUUUGAAACAAUGGAUAGGAGCGAAGGUGUAGGUUUCCUCACUUUCAUAAAAUAUCUACUAAAUUACUAUUUUUUUGUUGUGUAAUUGAAUCAUGUUUUUCGAAUUAAUCGUUUUCGAUAAAUUGUUUCUAAACUUCCUUUGCUCUUAAUGGAUCAAGCUUAAAG